GGGCAGGCCUGCUCUCGCCGCCGGAGCUCCCCCGUCCCGAUAUCAGCCCACAACCACAGCGCCGCCGUCUGGCGAUCCGAAGCUUCACAUACUGCACGCCGGAUCGCAAAGAUCGAAUGCUACAGCAGUCAAGGAAAUGAACACAAUUCCAAGACUUUGUUUCUCCAUACUCAGAAAACCUCUGCUAAACCCCGCCUCCUCUCAGACGGUUGUCCGCCGUCUCUCCGGCAAAACCGGCGACGACGAGUGGAAUGUCGCGUGGGAAGCCGCCUGGCUGCCGGAAGAUCUCUCGGGAAAGAACCGAGCUCCGUGGGAGGCCGACGUCAACUUCUCGCUUCCGAACGACACCUCCUCCAGUGAUUCCCAAGCUCUUCUCCCCUCGGAUGCUGACCCCGAAACUAGGGCAUUCGUGGAGGACAUGAACGACAAUUGGGAUCAGAGAAAGGGGAAAACUCCGAAAAAAAGUUCAAACACUGAUGAUGUUUCAGCUAAGAAAGCCGAAGAUGAGACUUCACUUUACAGUUUGGAGAACAUUAGGAAGGACUAUAGGGUUAAGAAACAGAGAAUACAUGCUGGCCUGUGGGUGAAGGAGAUUGAGAAGAUGGAGGAAGCUAAGCUUGGAGGUGAUUCAGGCGAUGCUGACGACAUAGAAAAGUUGCUGGAUAGUGCCUCGGAGAUAUUCGACUUCCCCAAUGAUGACUUGAAAAGGAACAAUCAUUUACAAGUUUCUGGUUCUGAUAUGAAAAACAAGCCAGAUGGCUGGGAAACAACAUCAAAGAGUCUGGAUGGGAAUAUCUGGGAGAUGUCACAGAGAGAAGAAGAUCUUUUGCUUCAAGAAUUUGAGCGAAGAAUCGCGUUCAACAAGUUCCAGAUAGCGAGUUUUAUAAAGACGCAUAUAUUCAGUCGGAGGAGGCCAAUCGAUGGAUGGAAGUACAUGAUAGAGGAGAUUGGACCAAAUGCAAGGAAAGGAGGGAAAGGGAGUGUUGCCAGGUUACCCACUUUAGCUGAUGCAUCCACACAGCCCUUUCACCAAGAGGAGACAACAAUACAUAAAGCUGAUGUCAAUAACCCCCUUUAUCAAAGAAGAAGGGCAAGGGGGGAUUAGUUCUUCUAUUACAUUCUUACUAAUAUCAUCCAUUUCUGUAAGAAAACUCAUUUGCCUCCUUGCAAUCAUAUACUGGUUUGAUAAAUUCUGUUUUUACCAUCCUAUGAUAACAUUGAUGUCUCAAAUUAAUUGGUGGAGGAUGCUUUGAUCUUGGUGAAGGCAUAUGUUAACCAUGGUCGGACACCUCUUUGACUAGUGGAUGGACUGUUUGAGUGGUCAAAAAUACAAACUUUUGUUCUCUUGAGUGGAAAAAGAAUAUGAUUGGCCACUGCCCAAUGAGGGGAUGCGAGAAGACUGUGAGAGGCUUGUGAUAGUGGGAGAUGGUGAGAGGCUUGUGACUGUGAGAGGCUUGUGAUAGAGGUAGAAGAAGAGUUGGAAGAUGGUGAUUAGA